AUGUUUUAUUCGGAGCUGCUGCUGACGAAAACCGGACCACUUGCGAGAGUGUGGUUGGCGUCAAACCUCGACCGGAAGCUCACCAAGCAGAACGUAUUGCAAUCAAAUUUGGAGGACAAUGUCAAAACCAUCAUUGGAGGCGAGCAGGCGCCAAUCGCGCUGCGACUCAGCGGGCAGCUGCUGCUGGGAGUGGUCAAGAUCUAUAACCGCAAGGCCAAGUACCUUAUGGACGACUGCAGCGAGGCGCUGCUCAAGAUCAAAAUGGCCUUUCGCCCGGGCAAUGUCGAUCUGCCUGCGGACCAGUCCCACAAGGCCAAUCCGAUGGCACUCAUGAUGCCGGAUACCAUCACCGAGCUAGACCUCUUUGCGCCGCUUCCGGAUCCUGAAGACAUUCUACGAGAGCCAGAGGCUCGCGCUCCGGGCCAGGAUCCCACUCUGCUCGAUUUUGGAAUGAGCCAGAUACUAGACAGCCAGACACCCACCCGCGCGAACCAGAAACGGACGCUCCAACUCGACGAUGACGAUUUGGGUCUAGAUCUUGGUCUGGACGGUGGAGACGAUCUAAUCCGCUCAACACCGAUGAGUGAUGGCCCARGCAUUGAGAUGGGACGGCGAGCACCUACACCACGCCGAGACGAGCCCACUUUGCUCGAAGACGAUGAUCUCGGCUUGGAUUUUGGUUUCGGCGCAGAUACGACUUUGGGCGGACGGGAAGGUUCGGUCAUGCCUUCACGGGAGUUUAACGAUGAGCCUCUUAACGUGGGCGAUGACCUCCAAAUGGGCGGCAUGGACGGCAACCAAGAUAUCGAAAAGGACAACGCUGCUGCUCUAGAGCGUGCAGAUCGCCGACAACGCGAUUCGGACUCUCCACUCUCUUCCGUUCGCUCCAGCAUGGAACGUGAUUUAGAACGGACCUUCCAACUCGAUCAAGCCGGGCAGGAUGAGACAGACCCGACUAUUGUACAAGCUGCCCAGCGCGUCAAGCGAAGGAGAGUAGUUCGCAUGGACGCCCAAACAGAGCUACAGACAGCCGUCCUCAAGUCUCAGCAAGUCGAUCAUUCAGCGAUCACUAAAGCACCUUCUUACCUGCCUCGGGAUCCACUUCUCCUGCAAUUAAUGGAGAUGCAACGCAAUGGCAGCUUUGUUAGUAACUUGAUGGGAGAUGGGCGUAUGCAAGGCUGGGCUCCUGAGCUCCGUAACAUCUUUUCACUCGAAGUUGUCCGCAAGGCCGGCGACAAGAAGCGCAAGCGCGACUCCGGGAUAGUUGCAGAUGUUUCUCCAGCUGGCUCCCGGCAUCAGACGCCACAGCUCGAAAUUCCCGAGGACAAUGAUGAAGGUCUCCAAGCAAGUUCAGGAGGCCUGAAUGAUUUCCCAGACAUCACACUCAACGACGAAGACGCACCUCUCCUCAUGUCCGACCGUGUUGAGGAUGAGGAGGAAAUUGACGAGAUGGGAGAUGCUAUCAACUUUGAUGUCACAGAAGCUCCCCUUCUCCACCCUUCGCAAUCUGGAGCUGUAGCUGUAGAGACCAAACGCAUGGUCCAUCGCCUGCGAAAGCAUUUUGCACCCGACCACCCACAAGAUCUGAAUGAGCCACCUACUUCCAGCAAGAGGACUGUGGCGAGCGCUCUGUUCACCGAUCUAUGUCCAGAAGAGACAACAAGUCGACAGGAAGCCACGAAGAACUUUUUCGAAUUGCUUGUGCUAGGAACCAAGGACGCAAUAAAAGUCGAGCAGCAGAGCUCGGAGCUGGGGUUGCCCAUUCGGGUACGGGGAAAGAGAGGACUAUGGGGAGCUUGGGCAGAGUUGGGCGAAACGGCGAGUCAGCGGGUGGAGGUGGAGGUUGGUGCGUAA